AUGGCUUUGCUAUCGAAGCGCACCGGCUUGGACCCGGAGGACGAUUUCACAUCUGCUGCAGACUGCUUGCUUGUUCUGCCGAACUCGUUUCAAGAGGCUUCUUCCAACUUCUGUUGCAAGACACUGUUGGAGGAGGCAGGCUGCCAGGAGGUUGAGUACAAGCGCGCUGCGCAUGGCGAGCUCAGCCUCGCCACGGAUUCUCUGUCCAGGGUGCUCUGCGACUUCGUCCCAAACUCCUGCCACGAAGAUCCCGUGCUGCUGAUGGACGAAAACGUUGUGCCUACAACAUCCUUGGCCAACUCUCUGUUGGAAGCUGCGCCGCCCUUUCUCCGUGAAGACCUGUUUUGCGAAUUCCCUCGGAUGUUACGGCCGGCACAGCUGUGUCUCGUCGUUGGCGGACAGGGAGCGAGAUCAGAUUUGCAUAUCGAUCCACUGUCAUGGACCGGGUGGAACUGCUUGCUGCAAGGGAGAAAGCUCUGGCGAUUCUUCCCGGACAUACCGCAGAACGCCGAAGCUUUUCGGCCUGCCAGUCGGCCAUUUGGCAUACGCAAGGGAGGUGCGGAGGUCUGCACCAUCGGCAGCGGAUGGCGCAGCGACGUGGACCUCUUUGCCAAUCGGACCAACACUGCCGCCGAGCCUCCCUGUGACUCCUUUGGAUGGUUAUCUCCGGAUCUUGCCAAAUUUCCGCACGUGAAAGGCUGCUCAGCUCCGCUUGAGCAUGUGCAGGAGCCUGGCGAGACUCUGAUUUUUCCAGGCCACUGGUGGCACCAAACGUACCACCUGACGCCCACAUUUGGCUUCGCCGGGCAGGUGCUGAACUCUGGGAAUUUGGGACGUGUUCUUGGACACAUCAUCAGAUGGUGUGAGCUGGAGGUUCCAGACGAGGCUUGGGACCAGGAGCCCAAGGCCUUCAUCGCGCAAGUUCUUGGUGAGGCCAUCGACUCGAUGUGA